AUGAGUCGACAGUGUUUAAGCCGUUUGCAUAAAGAAUAUGAAAUGAUCAUGAAAGACCCAAUUCCUAACGCAAUUGCAUGUCCAGAUCCUCAAAACUGGCUCCAUUGGCACUUUGUUGUGUUCGGAUUGGACAAGCCCUACACAAAUGGAGUCUACCACUGUGAACUUAAAUUUUCAUGUUUUAUGUGGUUUAGUUUUCACGGGGGACCUUUACCCACUAUAUUAGGAAAGCCCUAGAGCGCAGGUUAAGACUCUGAUUCGUAGAUUUUAGGUGGCAUGGAGCUUAUUUGCCUGUCACUCCCAGAAGUGAGACCCUUAGGUAUUUCAUGCGCAGCAGAGAGAUAAUGCAAUGAUUACGUGAAAACUUUCUUGAGCAGGUAGAGUUAUUAAUAGUAAUCUUAUGGCUUGGCCCUGCAAAGGGUGUGGGAGAUAUUUAUUGUGGCUUCAUUAGUUUGUGGAGUUAAAAUGGGUCAGGCACCUUGCUGAAGAGGAAAGGUAUUAAAAUCUAACUUACUAAUUAAGUGAGCUUAGAUUUCCAAUUGAUUACCCAAUGGCUCCUCCUUCAAUUAUCAUGCAUACCCCAAGCGGACGAUUUGAUCCGGGGCAAAGAAUUUGUACUUCUAUGUCUGACUAUCAUCCAGAGUCCUGAAGUCCUAUAUGGAGUGUGAGCACUAUAAUCAUGGGUUUUAUCAGCUUUAUGCAAAGUGAAGAAAAUGCUGCUGGUACAGUCUCCGCUUCCAAUAUUGAAAAACAAAGGCUAGCUCUACUGAGUAAAGACUUUAAUAUGAAAUGCCCGAAAUUUAUGGAACUCUUUGAGCCUUUUUUUGCGCAAAUAAUGCCUAAAGAGACAGUUGUAAAGCCUCCUGCUGUUAAAGAAAAAAGUGGGUCGAAUUGGUUUUUCUUAGGGAUGCUAUUAAUGAUAAUAGUAGGAUACUACUCUUAUAGUUAA